AUGGCAACUGCCUGGUCACUAGACUUCUGUCUGGUCUGCGAUAGACAGACGCUGGGAGGGGCAUACUGCUCCCAGGCUUGUCGAUUAGCAGAGAUGGACGGCUGUGCCACCACAGCGGCGGAUUCAGAACCUUCGUCCCCCACCACCACUACACCAGUAGCGAGUCCCUGGACCGCUCAAGGAUAUCAACAUCAACAUCAACAUCAACAGCCAUCAGCUCUAUAUCUCGGUCCCGCCAUUGACUUCAGCGGUUACAAGUUCCCCGGUUCUUCUUCUUCUUCUUCUUCUUCUUCUUCGACUCCAUCCAUGCCAUCUGCUUCCCGACAACGUCUCUCGCCCUCCUCCUCACAAACCUCCCUCUCCUCCCUCCACAGCGUCUCCUCGAAUUCCUCCUCCCUGUCCGGUCAAGCGAGAAGUGAAUUGGAAAACUACUCUGGUAGUUUCGACAAAGUCCGAGACUGGAAACGACGACGAACAGCUUCGUGA